AUGCUACUCUGGAGGAGAACAACGCUGUUUGCAAGCGCCUCCUGGGCGCUAAGUCAGGUCCCCUUACAGCCACAAGACCACAGCCAAGGCUACCAAUUUGAUGAGCUACUCCAUCUCCCCGGCAUCUCCCCUUACUUCGAUGCUGUCGGCUUCGGCCUAAACAACGCCACACCAGAAGGCUGCAAUGUCACGGCUGCCUCAUACUUGAUCAGACAUGCGGCCAUCUACGCCAACGACGAUGACUAUGAGGUGUACAUCGAGCCCUUUCUGGAGAAGCUAGAGAAUCACCGAUCCGGCUGGACAGGCCCCCUAGAGUUCCUAAACAAAUGGCACUCCCCAAUCCCGACCGACAAACUCGAAGAAAUCACACCUUCCGGAGCUGGCGAUGCCUAUAAAGUCGGCAAACACCUUCUCGCCCGCUACCCCGACUUGGUCCCCACCACGCAGAAAAUUCUGGCGGACAAGAAAUCCCGGACCUAUGACACAGCCAAAGCAUUUGUCCGAGCUUUCCCGCACGCGGACGAGAUAGAGGUAGUUCGGAUUUUGCACGAUCAUAAUGGGAGUAUGGACUCCCUGAUCCCGCAUAAGUCUUGCCCGGCUUUUACUAAGGAGCCUGGGAAGGAUGAGAUGGCUACGUUUGUGAGCAAUUAUGCUCCGAAGGUCGCUGCGAGGCUGGGAGCUCUUGUGCCGGUCAAAUUGAGCGAUAACGAUAUCGUGGGAAUGCAACAGCUAUGCGGCUACGCCUCCGCAAUCGACGGGAAACGCAGUCCCCUCUGCGGCGUCUUCACAGAUGCUAAAAUGGAUGGCUUACGAAUACGCUUGGGAUCUUCGCUACGCUCACAUGGAACUCCCUGGUUGGCUGCGCAGAGCGCUUUAUUCUUCAGCUUCGAUGGCGAACAACAACGAUCAAAAAGCGCCCAGGAAGGCUGGCCCGCGGACCAGAGGCUUUUCCUAAGCUUCACUCACCGCGAAGUCCCACCCUUCGUGGCCACAGCCCUGGGCCUCUUCAACUCCUCCUCAAACUCCGCCGAAGAAUUCCCCCUGAAUCGGAUAAAUUGGACCCGAGCCUGGAAGCGUGGGGAUGGAGAAAUUGAGCUGUGA